CCCCACUCCUUCCUCCACCAUUCCUGCCCAGCUCCCAGGAGCUGCUGGCCCACCAGGCACCCAUGGGUUCGCUGGUGGCCAAGCUCCUUCUGCCCACCCUCAGCUCCUUGGUCUUCCUCCCCACCAUCAGCAUUGCGGCCAAGCGGCGUUUCCACAUGGAAGCCAUGGUUUACUUCUUCACCAUGUUCUUUGUGGCGGUAAGAGUUUUACACGUUUGUGACGGCCCUGGGUUAUCGGUGCUGUGCUUUAUGCGCUACGACAUCCUGGAGUACUUCAGCAUCUACGGAACAGCCCUGUCCAUCUGGGUGUCCCUGAUGGCCCUGGCAGAGUUUGACGAGCCCAAGAGAUCGACCUUCAUCAUGUUUGGUGUCCUCACCAUCGCCGUGAGGAUCUACCACGACCGCUGGGGCUACGGCGUCUACUCGGGCCCCAUCGGGACGGCCGUGCUGGUGAUCACGGUCAGAUGGCUGCAGAAGAUGAAGGAGAAGAAAGGGCUCUAUCCUGACAAGAGUGUCUACACCCAACAGAUCGGUCCCGGCUUCUGUUUCGGGGCGCUGGCGCUGAUGCUGAGGUUCUUUUUUGAGGAGUGGGAUUACACCUAUGUGCACAGCUUCUACCACUGUGCCCUGGCCAUGGCCCUCGUGCUGCUGCUGCCCAAGGAGAACAAGAAGGCUGGGAGCGCCGGGACCCCCGCCAGGCUGGACUGCUCCACGCUCUGCUGCUGCGUCUGAGCCCCCAGGCAGGCCAGGCAUGAGUGUUCCUGCCCCUGGGUGAUGGAGGGCUGCAGCCAAGAGGAAAAUGCCUGCCUGCUGGGUUUUCCUCUGACAUCUUUUCCCACCUGCUCUGGUAUUUUCUCUCCUGGGAAGUUUCCUGGGUAACCUGGUCUAGUGGAAGGUGUCCCUGCCCAUGGCAGGGGCAUUGAAACAAGGUGGGCUUUAAGGUCCCUCCCAAACCAUCCUGUGAUUCACCUUUCCACCAUCAGCCCUAGCAAAGCUUGUACUUCCAGUGUGGUACAUAUCCAUAUUCUCCCUGGAGGAGCACUCAGCUGGGCUGUGACCUGUCCCCUGCCCAGGAGACCCCCGCCCUCCCAGGCCAUGUCACCCUCUCCUGGGCUGUCCCGUGCACUGACCUGGCAGGACCUAAGUUGUCCCCUCCGUGCAGGUUUGCCCA